CUUCCGGUUUACAUAAGUCUCACAUCCGGGUCAUUUCCCGUCCCUGGGAAAGUUUUUCGCACCCUCGGAGUGAGACCCGCAAAGAAAGCGAGGGGGAAAGGGGCGGCGUCUGCGCGGUUCCGUCCUGUCUGCGCGGGCGCUGCCAUGGCUGCAGGGGGCGCCGGCGGAUCAGGGGCGCUGGAGAGCGGCGGUUGGUGCGGCCAGUGCCUUUGGGUCCGGCGGCUGAGUCCCUGCCCCAGCCGCUGAGGAGAGGACAUCCCCGGGAGGGAGCUGAAGGAUGACCGAAGCUGCAGCGGAACCGGUCGCCGAGGUGGAGGCUUUGCGGGGAAAGGUGGCUGCGCUGGAAGCCGAGCUGGGCGCCUGUCGGAGCCGCCUGGAGCGGGAGAAGAAGCUGCGCCUCAAAGCCCAGGCCAGCGCUGCCAAGUUACGCAGACAGGUUGAAGAACUCAGUAAGAAAAAUGACAGAGAAAGAAGUGAGAAGGCAACAUCCAGUAUAGAAGUGCAAACUGAAGACUUCGCUGCAUGGUCAAAUGCAGAUUAUUACUAUUAUCCUAAUUGUUAUACCAGUGUUGAUUCUCAGCAUGAUUUAUCCAGAGUACCAGUACUGCCCGGUGUAAAUAAUGAUACUGAAGGAUCAAACCCUAAUUGUAUAGACCACCUAGAAUUAAAUGAUGAUCCAGAUAUUAACGGCACAAAGCAUGAUGAACAUGGCGAGCAUGAUAAUGUAAGUGAGAAUAUGCAGAAACCAGAAGGUACUUUGUUGGCAGAAGGUACACUAGCAGAAAGUUUGAGGGCUGCUGCAGAAGCUGCUGUAUCACAAACAGGAUUUAUAUAUGAUGAAAGCACCGGAUUAUAUUAUGACCAUAGCACUGGAUUCUAUUAUAACUCGGAAACCCAGCUUUAUUAUGAUCCAGCCACUGGGAUUUAUUACUACUGUGAUGUUGAAAGUGGACGAUACCAGUUCCAUUCACGAGUGGAUCUGCAGUCUUAUGAAACAUCAGCUGCUCAGUAUAGCAAAGACAGGAAAGCCAAAAAGAAGAGAAAAGAUGUUGAGUGGCCUAGGGCAAAUGAUCAUAAAGACUUGAACACAGAUGAGCAAAAGUCAACGAAAAACUUGAACUGCUUUUCCACCACUAACGAGCCAAGUUCUCCGGAAGGAGAAGAAACUCCAAAUGUGAAAAAGGCUAAGGUGGACACUGAUAAAAGAAACAGCCUAACCACCAAAGAAUCAAUUACCACAAAUGACAGCAAUUUACAUCUUAAGAACACACAAUGUACUGCUAUUCUUAUGGAUGACAGUAAAACGGAGACAGAGAGUGAGCCAGAAGAAGGUGAAAUUACAGACUCUGAACAAGAGGAAUAUAGCAUUGACGAUGAAGUAACAAGUGAAGAAACUGUAAAUUCAGAAGAAACUGACAGUGAAGAUGGAGACAAGAUAUGGCCACCUUGUAUUAGAGUUAUUGUAAUUAGGUCACCAGUACUGCAGAUGGGAUCUCUGUACAUCAUCACAGCUGUCAAGCCUGCCACAAUAGGAAGAGAAAAGGGUAUGGAACAUACAUUACAGAUUCCAGAGGUUGGGGUUAGUAAGUUUCAUGCAGAAGUGUACUUUGAUCACGAAUUGCAAAGUUAUGUUCUUGUGGAUCAAGGCAGUCAGAAUGGUACUGUGGUGAAUGGAAAUCAAAUUCUGCAGCCUAAAACAAAAAGUGAGCCUUGUGUUCUGGAACAUGGUGAUGAAGUGAAGAUUGGAGAAACUGUAUUGUCAUUUCAUAUACACCCUGGUAGUGACACUUGCGAUGGAUGUGAACCAGGGCAAGUCAGAGCUCACCUUCGCCUUGAUAAGAAAAGUGACUCUUCUUUUAUUUGUCCUGCACUGACAAAAGAAGAAAAGGAAUUAGUUAGACGAAAAGCAUUAAAACAAAUACGUGUAAAAUAUGGUUUACAGAAUACAGAAUAUGAAAAUGAUAAAGCGGUAAAAAAUCCAAAGUAUAAAGACAGAGCAGGAAAGCGCCGCGAGACAGUUGGGAGUGAAGGGACAUUUCACCGAGAUGAUGCUCCUGCUUCUGUGCACGUUGAAAUUAAUGAUAGCAACAAAGGUCAUAAAAUGUUGGAAAAAAUGGGAUGGAAGAAAGGAGAAGGGCUUGGAAAGAGCGGAGGCGGAAUGAAAGAUCCGAUCAAACUUCAGCUGUACAAAAAGCAUGCAGGCCUUGGUGCAAGUACUCCCAUCUCUGCUGAACAGGUUCCACUCAUCAACACCAAGAACAAAAGGAACUGGGAAAAAGCAAGAGAAAGAUUUGCAGAAAGCUUCCAGGACUCUAAAACACAGAAGACUGUACCAAAGGAUCUCCCUUGGGUUCGAGAGAGUACAUAAUGAAGUUGUUCAAUUUAACUUAUUAAAACGUUCAAGUCGUUAGAGAUUUUACUUUAGCAUAAAGUGGAAGUUGAGUUUUUGGUAAUAUUUCUAUGACUGCUGUACAGGCUGGCUAAUUGAAUUUCAUAAUUUUACAUGCUGUUUUUUAAAGCACUCCUAUGCAUAAGCCAUGCAUGAAUUAAAAUUGCCCAUUUUAACCAUAAUAUGGUUAUUUCAAGUCUUGCUUGAAAGGAUUUUGAGAUGAAACUUCUGGAUAAUAUGGUUAUUUUAGGAGGAAGAUAAAUUGCUCAUUGGUUAUUUUUAACCCAGCAGGUCAGCAAAUUGAAAUCUUCAUUUCUAUCAGCUUAUUUUUUUUAAAGAUGUGUAUUUGUUAGCAAAAGAUAUGCAAUUAUUGAUAUGCCUUGUCUAUUAUAUAACGUUCUUGAAAUUUUCUGUUAGUCAUUUUAAAUUUUGUUGAAGUAACCAUGUACAAGAACAGCUUGAGGGAAAAGACUGAUUUCUUCUAUGAAGAAUUUGUUUGGAGGGAUGUCUAAUAAUUGAGGUCACAUGUUCAAAAACUUCAGUAACUCACCGCUGUUCUAUACAUUGAGAAUUUCAUUAUGCAGCCUCUGGUCUGUACCAUUUCAGAAUUCUAAUUUUGGAUCUCAUUACUAAACAACUCAAGCAUUGUUUGAAAAGCUAGCACAUAAGAAAGAUUCUAGCCUAGACUUUUAGCAUGCAUGCAGGGGGUGCUGAGGUGGAGUGUUUGUUCGAUAAUGGGAUCCUUGCCUGCAUUCUGAAGUAAUAUAGACAAAGUUCUGUACUAUAUAAGGAUUCUUGAUGCAGACUAGCCCUAAAAAUGUAGACUUGUCUACCAUCUGAGUCUUCAAGCCAUUCUAAGCUCUUUUAAAAAAAUCAAUGGAUGGUUUAAGGGUUGUGGCAAACUUACAUUAUUUAUUAACUUCUUGGGGCUUUUGUGCAUCCAUUGCUGGCAAUGGAAUAUAGGCAGGAAUCUUGGAUUCUCCCCCCCCCCCCCGGGUACAAGCAAAACACUUGAUAUUUAUUGAAAUGUUAAUAAACACAGUGCUUUCAA